GCAGGGAGUUGCUUGCAACAUAGGGAAAAUGGCGAAGAGAAACACUGUUGGCCUACUACUUGUCCUUGCAAUUAUGUUCUCCUACAAUGUCUUGGAGGGCAGUGCACACCAGAGCCAAGUUGUAUUCUCUCGCGAAGUGACAAAUCCAGAGCACAAAGCAUCCUUUAGCGGGAUGACUUCAUCCCUUGGUGGGCGUGUUUCUGGUACGACCAAUGCAGGAGGUGUGAGCAAUAAUGCUGAAAUAGCAAAUGUUGAAACUACCACUACCAUAGAGUCCCACCGUGAUGUCUCCGUGGGAGAUUUUCGUGGUAUUAAUCAGAAACCACCAACUUAUAACAGGCCAUAAUGAUGAACCUAAGAGAAAGGACCAUGGGCACCAACUCGAUAUCCGUGGAUGAACUAAUUAUCAAGUUGGCGAUUUCUACAUUAAAGAUGUAGUUCUUCAUUAUAUGCGUGUGUAGUGUAACUGCUUGUAAGACCUGGAUGGUGUGUUGGAGUGUCAAGCUAUUUGCUGAUGUACUACUACUAAUAUUGUACAAGCGGAGGGCGCUUGUGACGACCUACUCCUCCUUUCCCCCUCCCCUCCGCUCCCGCGACGCGCCCGGCGAGCGCGUCACCGGAGGUUCCCCUCCGUCGCCGGCGCAAGGCUCCCCUCUCGCUCACUCCUCCUCCUCGCCGCUGCCGGAGGGCAUCCGCCGGGCGAAGCCCGUGCGGCGCUGGCAGCGGCGGGGCUCUUUCCUUCCUCUCCUGGUCGGGAUCUCAGCGACGCGGGCCGCCGCUCGUGGGGGAGCUGGGUCCGGCGGGGCCUCCGGCGGCGGAGAUGUGCGGAUCUGGCGGCUUUGGUGCUGGGAGGCGGCGGUGCGGCCCCGCGGCGGCGGCGGCGGCGGCGGGGGUUUUUGGUCUGGCGCGUCCGAUCUGGCCCCCUGGGGGCUGCGGGCGUUGCGGGUGGCGGCGGCCACUGCUGGAGAGGGCGUCUCCCCUUCUCAACGGGUUUGGCGCCGGCACUCGGUGCGCCGUCUUGGCCGUGCUGGGCGGCGAGUCGGCGGCGGGCUUGGAUUCGAUCUGAAGUUGGCGGCUUCACCACGCUUUUCCUCCUCUGCUGGCCGGUCUGCGGGCUUCCUCCGGACGUCCUGCUCGGCUGGUUGGCGGAGCAAUGGCGAUGCGAGCUCUGGGUCGGGGGAAACCCUUGACCGACGGUGCUGGUCACGAUGUUGGCGAUGCUGGCGGCGCCGUUCUCCCUCUGGUGGGCGACAUCGAGACCCUCUCCUCGCCUCCACCCCAUGGUCCCGGGCGAAAGCCUAAAAUCUGUUGAUUGGGCGGCGACGGCGCAUCGGCGUCGUUUUCUUCUUGAAGACGCUGCCUUGGGAGUCCAGGAUGGUCAGGGGAUCGGCGCGGUGGUGGUUUGCCUGUUUCUGUCGUGUUCCUGCUUGGCAAUGGCGGUGGGCUUCUUGGUCUUGGCCGGUGACGUGCGUGAUGUAUGGGUUCCUGUGAGAGGUGAGGUGGCCAGGGCUCGUCCUCUCCCCGGCAACUUGUUGGCCAGUCCAUCCGUGCUCAGGGGUGAGCUAUUCUGCCUCCUGGCGGGUCGGCGUCCUUCGAUCCAGGACGAGAGGGCAGGGGUGCCCUCUUCGGAGGCAGCGGCGAAAGGUAGGACAACAGAGUUGGCCCUUGGGAGUUGAUGGAGCGUGGCCUCCCUCCGGUGGCGAAUUGCUCCCUUGUCACGGUUGCGUCGAUGGCAUGAUCGGAGGCCGUUGCUUGUUGUUUUUGUUUUCUCUUCUUUUCGUUCUUUGUUGUGGUGAUGGCUGUAAUGUGUGGUUGGUGCUUUAUAUAUAAAGCGGGGCGAAAGCCUUUUUCGGUAAUAUUGUAGUACAAGGUAGUAUAUUGUACAACACUGCAGAAUAAUU